UUUCAAAUCAAAACAAAAAAGUGACAACACGGCAAAGGGAGGGUAAGAAUGAUUCCUGGACCACACAACACUCACUGCUCACCUGCACCACCUGCGUCUGUCCCUUGAGUAGGACUGUCCCCACAGUUGCCUUGACUAUCGAGCACUAUCGAGUGCUAGAUAUGCAAAGUCUUACUGUAAGGGUAAGCGACAGCUUGAUGGCUUUUCUGCAGACAAGAAAAUUGAUAUAAUAUUGCCUGUGAUGAAAAUUAAGAUAAACCUUAUGGAAGAGUUUUAUUGAUAUUACAUGAGUUAAUUCUUUAAGAAAUCUCAACUAAUGUAAAUAGAUAAAAAAAUAUAAACAUGGUUUUAGAACACAAAUCUAAUCCUCUACACAAAGAAGAAUGAAAUUAUAGCUCUUCCUGGUUCCAUGCACCAAAAAGGGUAAUGAUGAAUGCACCUCCUAGGCAUGAGUUGACAAGUUGCUUCAAUAUGAGUCUUACACAAGAGGUGUGAUUGUUGCAUCUCAGAGGAUGAAAAUAACUUUUCUUCUGCCAUGCUGCAUUGCCAAGUUCAUCGAGGACAUGAUAAUGAACAGACGCAAAAGGAAAAGAGUAUUGUUGUGGAGCAGUGUGAUUGCCAUGGUGGUUGUGGUGCUUGCAGUGAUGACUGUGAGGGAGGUGCUCCUGGUCUCAUCCUUCCUCUGUACCACUUCAGAUGUCAUCAACAACCAUAUCACUGCUCUGUGUGCUGAUGUGGGCCAAGAUAAGGACCAAAAGCUGUGUCAGGAGCUGUGUGUAAAAGACGUGGCUUCCCGGGUCACCUGCCACACCCUCCACUUCAACAAGGCUGCUGUGUUCACCCUUACUAGCCAAGACAGCAGCAAAAAGGUGGUCAAAUCAGUCAUUGAUGCAGCAGAGCGUGAGGUGGCAGUAGAUGGGAUACAGGAUGAACUUGAUGAUUUGUAUUGGAACCAGAAGUUUGAGCAGCAACACAUUCCUUCUAAGGAGGACUUCUUUACUCUAGUCACCACUUAUGUAAACAACUUCGUUGGAAGUGAAGUGAGCUGGGAAGUCAUCAGCAAGUUAGUCAACUAUAGCCACCUCUACUCCACUGCAACAGAGUCACCAGCAAACCACCAAAGCUUUGGAAAACUCAUCCAAGACCAUGAAUUUCUCACUUCUGUGGUGUUUGAGGAGUUGCAUCUUUUUCCAAAGAUUACUGGAAUAUGUGGAAGUUACUAUGCUGUAGAGUACUUUGAGCCUCUAACAAGGAACCCAAUGCAACCUUUUACUAUGACCUGGAGAAACAGGCUCUGGAAGGCAUUGGACAUCCUCAAAUAUAUUGGACAGUUGGAAACAGUAGGAAGAGAGCCAAUUCACCUCUGUGAUGUGAAGCAUGACCACUUUGGAUGGGAUAAGGGAGACAGGCUGGCUUUCCUUGAUCUUGAUUCUGUGCUGUACGAAAGUUCUCUCCUCAAAAUGAUGGAGAAUACCCCAUACUGUUCCAACCAUGAGGACUGCUCUUAUUUUGACUGCAAAAGCCGCUGCCAUCACAGGACUAACAGGUGCGAGAUGGAGCGUAGCAACACUAACUUACAGGUUAUUUGUGACAAAAUAUUUUUGGGAAACACAGACUCUUUGCUUUCCUUGUAUGGUCUGUUGGUUUCUAGUGAAAGGACUGAGGACUUAGAGGAGGCCUUGGAACUUUGCCGCACCAACAGAGGCAUGACAGUGGACAACAUGGUGGACAUCUUGAGUCGGGCCUCCAAUGCACUCUUGUUUUAGUGAAAGCUAUUCUUUGAGUCUGUCCCUCACUAAUACCUGCUAUUGUGUAGAUGGUUUGGGUCUAUGUUAGUUUUCAGUAUCAGCUGAUGUGAGUCAACAUUUUCAUCAAACAUGAAAAUCACUUAUUGUAACCAAAGAAAAAAAUAAGUGAUAGUUAGGAACAUAGAUAUAUAGGUUAUGAUCUAAUCAGCUUUCCAUUACCAAAAACUGAGUCUUAAAAUUCUAGAUAAUUAAUUAUUCUUGUCACUUGUAUUAAGAAUGAUGGUCAGCAUAGAAAAAUGUAGUCUUAGGUUAAGAUUUCUGUCUUACCAAAGCAUAGAGCUGCCAAAUGGCAAGUAACUAAGCUGCAGCUAACAUAUUUAUUGAUUUUAUGUAUUUAUAUGAAUUUGUGCUUGUACUUGUUUACAAAUUAUUUAUUAGGACUACACAUUUUCAAGCUUCCUGAUGUGAAGUUUUUAGAUGAAUGGCAGCUGACUGAUAUACAUGUACUUGUGAAGUAUUUUUGUAACUAACUUAUUUUAUGCAGGCUGCUGUUUGCACAAAUUUCCACGGGGAACAAAUGAUGCUUUAGUAUUUAUGAGUAAUGCCGCAUUCCAGCUCCAAAUGAAAAGAUAUACAUAGAUAUACACAAUUAUUGUCUUCGUUUAUCAGCAAAUUUAAUUCUUGUUUAUGUGUGGAUAAUUACACGAUAUUUUUUUUACGAUAUUAACUUAUUAUCUCUAAAUUAUAGAGGCUAUAACUGUUAGAGAACAAUUAUCAUUGUCAUCAUUGUUUUCAGCUCUGUAAGAAAAUAAAUUUUAUAAGAUAAAUGCUGAUUUAUAUUUAUUUAUAAUUAAAGAUCAUAUAUGUCUAUUAAAA